CUACCAAGAACAUUAUGUAGGAGGCUUGGUAUUCUAAAUCCCGGAAGCCUUUUUACUUUUUUUCUUUGGAAAGUAUGUGAAUGAUUGUAAUGCUGCUUUGCUUCCCAAACUGGGCAGUGAGGUAAGGAGCAGCAGCCUCUGCCACAACAAACAACAGCAAAGCUGUCAUCCUGACCACCAUGGAGUUUCUUGAAAGAACUUACCUUGUGAAUGACAGAGCCACCAAGAUGUAUGCCUUCAACCUAGACAGUGUGGAACUCCAGCAGAAAUCCUUGAAUAAAGAUCAAUGUCCUGGAGAGAAGCCAGAGGAGCUGGAGUCAGGAGCCAUCUAUCACUGCCACAGCAACUCCAAGGCCACAGAGAACAGAGCAAACGAGCAAGUCUACGCCAAGUGGAAACUCUAUGCUGCUUCGGGAGUAUGCUUCAUUUUCAUGAUUGCAGAGGUCGUGGGUGGCCACAUUGCUGGGAGUCUUGCUGUCAUCACAGACGCUGCCCACCUCUUAAUUGACCUGACCAGUUUCCUGCUCAGUCUCUUCUCCUUGUGGUUGUCAUCAAAGCCUCCCUCGAAGCAGCUGACAUUUGGAUGGCACCGGGCAGAGAUCCUAGGUGCCCUGCUGUCCAUCUUGUGCGUCUGGGUGGUGACUGGGGUGUUGGUGUACCUGGCAUGUGAACGCCUGCUGUACCCCGAUUACCAGAUCCAGGGGACGGUGAUGAUCCUGGUUUCAGGCUGUGCUGUGGCAGCCAACAUUAUGCUAAGUGUGAUUCUGCACCAAAAACACCCUGGCCACAAUCAUAAGGAAGUGCAAGCUAAUGCCAGUGUCAGAGCGGCUUUUGUGCAUGCCCUUGGAGAUCUAUUUCAGAGCAUCAGUGUGCUAACCAGUGCACUUAUUAUCUACUUUAAGCCAGACUAUAAAAUGGCUGACCCCAUCUGCACAUUUGUCUUUUCCAUCCUGGUUUUGGCCAGCACCAUCACUGUCUUAAAGGACUUCUCCAUCUUACUCAUGGAAGGUGUACCUAAGAACCUGAAUUACAGUGAUGUGAAAGAGCUCAUCUUAGCUGUGGAUGGUGUGGUGUCUGUGCACAGCUUGCACAUCUGGUCUCUAGCAAUGAACCAAGUGAUUCUCUCAGCUCAUGUUGCUGCAGCCAGCCGUGACAGCCAGGUUGUUCGGAGAGAGAUUGUUAAAGCCCUCAGCAAUAGCUAUACUGUGCAUUCGCUCACCAUUCAGAUGGAAUCUCCAGCUGAUCAGGACCCCAACUGCUUUUUCUGUGAAGACCCCCGGGACUAGUUCAGUCACAAUGUCAACUUCCCAGUUUUGAUGGGCCACUAUAUGCUGCUCUGCAGUUUCUAGAACCUAAGAAAUAAAGUACCAAAGGAAGAAGUUUGAGAAAUUCAUGACACAGUACAGUGCACAUUAUAUCCUUCUUUUUUUAGUCCAUCCACCAUAAAUGAAAAUGCAUUUAGAUUCAUCAGCCAAUUGGAUUAUCAACUCAUCAGUAGCUGUGUUCAAUUACAGGAAUGUGUGUAGUCUUAUAGUCUUAUUCCUGACUGGGACUGAAAUAAAAGCUGUUUGUAACCAUAGGCAAUAAAAAGUUCCUCUCCAUUCAAUAAUGUAUCCUGAGUGAGUGGGUAAAAUUGAACUCAGGAAACUCUUAUUAGGAAUUGGUGCCAAGGAAAGUCACAAAAUUCUCUGAAAACAUGAGAAGCAAAAUAAGAAGAGCCAAGCAAGGUUAAAAGAGAUUCUGGAAACUUAACAUCCCACCAUAACUUGACUCUCUUAGGAAGUUAUAAUAUGAUUUGGAGCAGAAUCUUUUCUCUCCCUAUCCAUAUCACUAUUUACUAAAUGGGGUAGAAAUGUCCUUUUUCCUUAUCAAUUACAAAUUAUGUUUUAAUAUGCCUAAAACUAUUGAGUGACAUUUUACUUUCUGUAUAAAAGCUCUGGACCAAUGAAAAAUUAUGAAAUUGUUGUUUUUUGAGUGUUUUCAUAUGGUAUGACCUAAUAAUAGAACAGAAGCACAGAGCAUCAGAAUUCUUAUCUCAGGUCACAUGGAAAAUAAUUUAGUCAAAGAAUUGAGAACUUCCGGAUCUUGAAUAAUUGAAUAAUAUUUAUGGAGUCCCAGCUAUUGUCCAGGUUUUGCACUGGGCUGUUUAGAUAUGUCACCUCAUUUCAUUUGAAUGACAACUUUGGGAAAGUCGGAAUUAAUACCAUCAUGUAUAGAUAAGGACACAGGCUCACAGAGGUUAAGUAAUUUAAUCAAUGUCAUUCAUUCAUUCAAAAAUAGUUUGUCGAUGCAGGCUAUGAGCUGAGUAUUGGUGAACUAUGUCAAUACGGCCUUUUUGUUCAUGGAGCUAUUUCCCUUUUGUUGGGGAGACAGGCAUUCCACCAGUAAAUACCAAGAAUGUAUUACAAAGAGUGGUAAGUGAUAAAGGAGGAGAGGCUGGUUUAGAUUGGGAGAGGUCAAUGGACAGCCUCCCUGAAGAAACAGCAUUCAAGUUGAGACCUGAAUAGAAAACUAGGUGAUAGCCAGAUUAAUUUAGGAGGAAGUACAUUCUAGAAGAACCAAGAGCAUGAAUGGGCACCAUGAAAAAAGAACUUGGUACAUGGGAGGAAAUGAGGAAGGCCCUUGUGGCUGGAGGGUACUGAGGGGUGAGUUAAAAAAAACAUGGAGGACAUGAGGGAAGAGAGAUGAGCAAGUCCAUUUGGCAAAGUAAGAUUCAUUCAGAGUCAUUGAUUGUAUAAUUCCGUGCUUCUAGCACUGAUUGUAACUCAUCACCUGUAGAAAGUAAAGUAAAAUAAAGAAGUAUAGGCCUA